AUGGAAAAAAUAGAACGAGCGCUAGAUGUUACAGACCAAUUUUUAUUUACAGUUUUACAGGAUCAAAAACGCUUGGAAGACCCAAAAUUCAUGAAGUUUUUGAUGGCACUACGUCAGAAGCACAAAGAGACAUUUGCUGAAAUUGACAAACUUGUGGACUUAUCAUGCCGUGAAGUUUCAGCGGUCGAAAAUGAGCUUCAAAUUCCGUUUGAAAAACAGAAAUUGCAGUGCAAUGAGCUCACGCACUGUGCAAAUAGAAAAAGUUUAACUUGGAUUGGUAAUCGUAAUUGUGAUUCAACUAAUACAAGUGAUGGAGAAGUCACUUAUAACAGUGAUCCGAGUACCAAAUCAGGAGGAGAAGAUGAUAGAAGAGCGAUCCAAACGUGGGGUCAGAACGGGUUUCAUUCAAACUUCUUGCAGUCAUCAGUGAAGACCACAACAGAAGAUAAAUGGUACGAGCAGCGAAAAAUAAAAUUUAUCGAAAAAUGGGUACCCCACAUCGUGAGUUUCAAAACGAAGAAAACAAGGAUUAAACCACGUGAAGUACCACAGUCCACGUAUGAACCACGCUAUCGACUACUUUGUGAAAAACAAGAGAAGGCUCGUGAAGAACGCCAUCGAAGAGCUGAAGAAAUGUUAAAAAAAUCACAUUUACCACGGAUGAUUGGGUGGUCAGAAUCAAAAAGCUUUCAUUUACGACGAUGCGUAAGUGCAGAAACGUCUGACUGGAACAAACGUGAGCACUUCAAAGCACGUGAGAUACCACUCAGUAUCUACGUAUCUUCAUAUAAAGAUAAAAUUCAAGCUUAUCGACGAGCGCGUGUGCGAACAGAACGUGCAGCUGAAUUAAUACGAACAAGUCGAGCUCCACCAGGUCUCGAAGUACGAUAA